AUUUUAUACAUGUACACACUUCAUUAUUAUAUAGGACAACAUACAAGCUAUGAAGAAUCAACGAUCUAAUUGGAGAGGAUGUAAGGACUGGAUUGAUUUCGGAACACCUCUAACUACAACGAGUGAUGAAGCUUGUAAGUUGUACGAUGCGGUAUUGACACAGUAUGUUGGCUGGUACGAUGAGAGCUCUGUGGGUGGUAUUGAGGUCAGUUUAGAUAAGAUGAUGGCAGCUGAUCCUAACUUUGUAAUGGGUCAUGUGAUUAAGAACGGAUUAGAUUUACUCGGAACUGGUAGAACAAUCGAAUUGGACCCAGAUUUCAAAAAAGACAUAUACAGUUUGGGAAAAAUUGCUGAACAACAGAAAGUUUCUUCCAGGGAACGAAAACAUGUAUCUGCAGUGAAAUUAUGGGCAGAAGGGGAGACGUCAAAAGCGUGUGAUGUUUGGGAGGACAUCUUGCUCGACAAUCCACUUGAUAUGCUUGCUCUAAAGUUUGCUCAUGACUCUUAUUUCUAUCUGGCGUAUCAUCCACAGAUGAGAGAUGGAAUAGCAAGAGUGAUGCCAUACUGGAAAAAGUCGAUGCCGUUAUACGGGUAUCUACUUGGGAUGCAUGCUUUUGGAUUAGAAGAAACAAAUUUGUAUGAUCAUGCAGAAAAGACGGCAAGAAGGAGCCUUGACAUAAAUAGACACGAUGCUUGGGCUACCCAUGCUAUGGCGCAUGUGUUCGAGAUGGGAGGGCGCCAAAAUGAAGGACUGCAAUUCAUGUCAGCGACAGAGAACGAUUGGAAUAUUUGUGGAAUGAUAGCAUGUCAUAACUACUGGCAUUACGCUCUUUAUAAUAUUGAAAAGGGGAACUACUCUGAUGCUGUAGGAUUGUAUGAUACUCAGGUAGGACCUCUAGCGGCAAAAUCUGGCGCAAUGUUAGAUAUGGUUGACGCAUGCUCAUUGCUGUACAGAUUACAGCUUGAAGGUGUAAACGUUGGAGAUAGAUAUAAAGACAUCCAGGAAGUAUGCAGACAACAUCUGGAUGAUCACGUGUUGGCGUUCAACGAUGCUCAUUGCAUGAUGUCCUGCAUAGGAUCAGGCGAUAAACUUUCUACAGAAAAGUUGCUGGAAUCAAUGAGAAGUUUUGUUAAAAAUGGAAAGGGUUACAAUUGUGCCAUAACAAGAGAAGUUGGACUUGCUCUCUGUGAAGCGUUAGUAGCCUAUGAUAAGGGGGACUAUAGCAAGGCUGUGGACCUAGUUAGUCCAGUCAGAUACCAAGCAAUUAAGAUUGGUGGAAGUCAUGCUCAGAGAGAUAUAUUCAAUCAGUUUCUAAUUCACUGUGCAAUGAAAUCAGACACAAAAGAACACAACAAACUUGCAAGACAAUUAUUGGUCGAAAGAAAAUGUUUGAAAGAGAAUUCCCCUUUAACGGAUAGAUUAAUGGCAAAAGCCAUGGUACACCAUACAGGUUAAAAGGUUUCAGUAAUUUGAGAUGAAAAUAGACACGGAUGCUAAGAAAUCAUCUACGCACCAAUCAAAAUAGAAAUGUAGACAAGUAUUUCCUAAAUAAUUUUGGAACAGUUCUAUUUUCAUGCAUAUAUUUUUUUCAUCACAUUUGUUUUUUAUGUAUAUUCAUAACGUUACAUAAUAUAAAGGUAAUACACAAGAAACAGAACUGGUAUCAUAAUGUUGUGUUGACUUUCAUUUAAAGCAUAGAAAAUAAGAUGUUGAACAGUUUAUCAGUGAAACGGUUCAAUGAUUAUUCGUCAAAAGCAAGGCAAGUCUGCAUUGGAAACAGUAUUUAUUGUUCGAUCUGUCAAGUGUCCUUAUCAGUAUAAUGCAGUGAAGAACUGUUUCAAACUUCAGUAUAGGUGUUCAUUCUAAAAUAUUAUUAGAGUCCUAUGAUUCAGGAGUCACAUGUAAUUUUUAAAUAUACAAAACAACCUUCUUUCCAUCAGAAGUGAUGUAAUUGUCGGUAUUCGGUAGCUGACACCUAUGUAUACGUUACACGUGCUACAUGUAAUUAAAGUUUGAUAUUGUACAUCA